UCUCCCUGUUUCCGGAUGGGCCCUGGCCCCCAGCCCUUAUCUCCUCCAGCCCCUGGGCUGUUUGCAGAGGAGAGUAUAAAGGGGUUGAGGCAGAGCAGAGGGGGAGUAGAAGCAGCACUGAGUGUCUGCUUGCCUCUCCACGUCCUGCUCUGUACCAUGGGGAAGAACGGGCUGCUUAUCAAAUCAAGCAUCUUCCUCCUCCUCCUCUUCCUUCCGGGAGACACCUCACCCAUCACAGAGCCGCAGUACCUGGUGCUGGUGCCCUUUCUGAUACACACGGAGUCUCAAGAGAAAGUCUGUGUCCAGCUGACGAGUGCCACACUCGAGUACCUAGGGGAGAACAGGAGCUUGAUUGAUGAUGUGGUGUCAGAGAAAGAUGUGUUCACCUGCAUCCCUUUCUCUCUUCCAAAAUCAAGAGUCCCGUUACCAGUCAUGUUUCUCACUGUGACGGUGACGGGAGCCACGCUGCAGUUCAGCAGCCGCAAAUUAGUGGCAGUCCAGAACUCUGAGAGCUUGGUCUUCAUCCAGACAGACAAACCCAUCUACAAGCCUGGGCAGACAGUCCUGUUCAGAAUUGUUUCUCUGGAUGAAGAGUUCCGACCUGUGAAUGAAAUGAUUCCAUUGGUAUAUAUUGAGGACCCAAAGAAAAAUCGUCUGUACCAGUGGACAAACGUAGAGUUAGAGAUGGGAUUUAUACAGCUGCUCUUCAACCUCACCUCUGAACCUAUCCAAGGGACCUACACGGUGGUGGCACAGAAGGCUGCUGGGAAGACAGUUCGGCAUUCUUUCUCUGUGGAGGAAUAUGUGUUGCCAAAAUUUGAAGUGACAGUGAAAAUGCCCAAAGUGAUCAGCAUUCUUGAUGAGGAACUGAAGGUGACAGUUUGUGGACUAUACACAUUUGGGAAGCCUGUUCCUGGCCUCGUGAACUUCCGUGUCUGCCGGAAGUAUGAACGUGCAGGCAUAUCCUGCUAUGGUGAAGAGGCUAGAGCAGUCUGUGAGGAGUUCUCUGGACAGACAGACAUCUAUGGCUGCAUUUCUGAAGUGGUAAAGACCAAAUUAUUCCAGCUCAAGAGAAGCGGUUAUGAGAAUAAGCUCCAUGUAGAGGCUAAGAUUAAAGAGGAGGAUACAGGAGUGGAGUUGACUGGAACAAGCUUCUCUGAGAUCACCAGCACCAUUAGCAGAGUCAUGUUUGCGCUUUCAGAUACUUACUACAAGCGAGGAGUCCCCUUCUUUGGGCAGGUGAAAUUAGUGGAUGGGUCUAAUGCUCCAAUUGCCAAUGAAACAGUGAGAAUUUCUUUUCAAGGAGGACAGGAACAAAACUAUACAACAAAUGAAGAGGGCGUAGCAGAGUUUGCCCUGAACACUUCCUCACUGGCCUUUGAAAAUGUUGGAAUUAGGGCAGUUCAUAAACCAAACAUCUUCUGCUAUGAACGUUCCUGGGUUGUUCCAUAUUAUGAAGAAGGUUAUCUCCAGCUGAAGCGCUUUUACUCUCGCAGUAAUAGCUUCCUCAAAAUUGAGCCCAAGUCCAAGCCACUAAUCUGUGGCUCCUCCACAGAGAUCCAGGUGCAUUAUAUCCUUACUCCAGAGGCUGUAGGAGACCAGAAGAAAAUCACCUUUUACUACCUGGUGAUGGCCAAGGGAAACAUUAAGCGAGGAGGCACUCACAUUCUGGAUUUGGACCAGGAAAGUGACAAUGGUGUCUUCUCACUUCAGCUGUCUGUACAAGCUGAUAUUGCUCCAGUGGCCCAAGUACUUGUCUACACCACAGUCCCCAGCAGGGAGGUGAUUGCUGAUUCAGCCAAGUUCAACACAGAAUUGUGUUUCAACAAUAAGGUGGACUUAAGCUUCUCCCCUUCAGAAGGCCUGCCUUCCUCAGAUGCUCACUUGCAAUUCCGAGCCUCCCCAAACUCACUCUGUGCUGUGCGUGCUGUGGACAAGAGCGUUCUCCUCAUGAAGCCAGAAGCUGACCUGUCACCCGCCUCUGUAUAUAACUUACUUCCAGUGAAGGAAUUCCAUGGCUAUGUCUAUGGUUCAAACAUACCAGUGGAGGAGCCCCACUGGAAUUGCAUAACCAUGGAGCCAAUAGUUCGGAAUGGGAUCACCUAUGUUCCAGUAAUGGGGGUGAAUGAAGAGGACACUUACAGCAUCCUAAAGGAAAUGGGUUUAAAGGUUUUCACAAACACCAACGUGAGGAAACCUUGGAUUUGCGGCCCUAGUAAUCACAUCUAUGGUGCCCAUCAAUCAGGUGGCGUAGGAGCACCUGGAGCCAUGGCUGUACCAGCCAUGUAUGAAAUGAGGACAACCGACAUUCUGGCUGAGAGAGCUUCUGCACAGUUAAGCACCCCCGAAGAGGUGACAGAGACAGUCCGAAAGUAUUUCCCAGAAACCUGGAUCUGGAGUUUAGUACCUAUAAGCCCUGAGGGAAAAGCUGAUCUGGAAGUGACCAUCCCUGACACCAUCACUGAGUGGAAAGCCAAUGCAUUCUGCACUUCAGCAGACACAGGCUUUGGCCUGUCCCCGACAGUGUCCCUCAGAGCUUUCCAGCCCUUCUUUGUCGAGCUCACCAUGCCCUACUCUGUAGUGCGUGGGGAGUCCUUCACGCUGAAAGCCACCGUGUUCAACUACCUGCCUGCCUGCAUCAGGGUCAGUGUGACUCUGGCUCAGUCUAGUCAUUUCUUGGCUACUCUGGUGGAAAAAGAGGAAGAAUCUCAUUGUCUCUGUGAGAAUGUGAGGAAAACCGUGGCUUGGCGGGUGACUCCCAAAUCUCUAGGGCAGGUGGAGUUCUCAGUGACCACUGAGGCCCUACAGAGCCAGCAGCCCUGUGGGAACUACAUUGUGGAGACCCCGGAGAAAGGGCGGAAGGACACGGUCAUCAGGCAGCUGCUGGUGGAGCCUGAAGGAGUUGAGAAGGAAACAACCCAGAAUUCUGUGCUCUGUGUAAAAGGAGUGCCUGUGAAAGAGGAGUUUUCCCUGUUGCUACCUGAAAAUGUGGUACAAGACUCAGGCAGAGCAUAUUUCUCAGUGCUGGGUGAUCUGAUAGGCACUGCCAUGCAGAACCUGCACCAGCUCCUCCAGAUGCCCUUUGGCUGUGGGGAGCAGAACAUGGUCCUCUUUGCACCCAACAUCUACGUCCUGGACUAUCUGAACAAGACAGGGCAGCUGAACGAGGAGAUCAAAUCCAAGGCCACUGGAUACUUAGUGAGCGGUUAUCAGAGGCAGCUGAGCUACAAGCACCAAGAUGGCUCUUACAGUACCUUUGGACAACGUUAUGGCCAACCAGGAAAUACCUGGCUCACAGCCUUUGUCCUCAAGUCCUUUGCCCAGGCCCGGCAUCACAUCUUCAUAGAGGAAAAGCACAUCCAUGAUGCUUUGAACUGGUUGUCCUACAAACAGAAGGAGAAUGGCUGUUUCCAGAGUUCUGGGACACUCCUGAACAAUGCUAUGAAGGGUGGAGUGGACAACGAGGUCACGCUGACAGCCUACAUCACUAUUGCAUUGCUGGAGAUUCCCCUGCCUGUGACAUACUCAGUGGUGCGGAAUGCUCUGUUCUGCCUGGAAACAGCAGCCAGUCAGGAACAAAACCAUGUGUACACCAAGGCACUGCUGGCAUACGCCUUUGCCCUGGCAGGGAACAGGGAGAAGCGGAAGGCAUUGCUUGACUCACUUGAAAAGGAAGCAGUGAGAAAGGGUGAGUGUUCCUGGUGGGACAUGCCUUUCACCAGCCUUACACCUUCCCUCGCUGAAAUGGCUUUUGCUGGUGGGGCAAUGGCAGCAGGCACUGGCCAGUGUGGGUAGGGAAAGGUGCAGGGA